AUGCACAAGCAUGCCCUGGGUAAGCCUGCGCAUCACGGUUUCGCUUUGUUGCCAAGCUUUCAAAACAUCACACUGGCAAUCGACAUCGGCUUGGGGCGCAUUGUCUUCAAGAGCUUUGGCCAUGGCAACAGCUCAGAACUAGACGGUCUGACCGUCCUAGUCAACACAAGGAACCUCAACCAGGCUGCAACGGCUCUUGACCGGAUCUGGUGCAUCUAUGAGGUCUACCUCACCCACAGCCUGGAGAAGCCUUUCACCCUGAACUUCAAGCUGGGACCUCUCGUGGGCGUGGUUCAGGAAACGAAAGAAAAGGAUUCAUGGGUCUUCCACAUCUUCAAAAUGCUGCAGCACAUCGACGUCCAGCAGGCCGAUGCUACCAAUCCAGACGACUACCGCAAGAUCAUGGGAGAAAUCGCAAACUUUCAGAGCCGGGACGGGCGCAGCGGGCCCCAGGCGCUCAACCGCAUCGUGAAAGCCAUGCUCGGAUCACAGGCCAUCUUCACCCUGGCACGUCGAGGCGACAUGGGCGCGGUUCGCCGGGCGCUGGAGCUGGACGCUGACCCGAAUAUCCCUGACACGCUGGGGAUCCGACCCCUCACGUACGCUGCCGGCAACGGCCAUGACGAGGUGGUUCAGACGCUUAUCGCCGGCAAGGCUGACGUGCGUGCCCAGAGGGGUGCCAACGAGGUGUUGGCCAUGUUUUCACCGAACCGGGCAGAGCGGCGACGAUGUAUCGACUUCGUGCGAGCGUUGGAUGAGGCAGAAACGGGCGGAGUGCACAGCCAGGCAAUUAGCAGGGCGUUGCUCCAGCACACCACCUCCCGAUGUCAAGAUCUCACAUCUGCACUCGAUGCCGAUAACGCGGAGUUGCGGCUGGAGGUGGUGCGCGAGCUGCGAUCUCUGCUGCACGCUCUGGUUGACCACCGGAACAAGCUCAUGCGAGACCAGGAAGAGGAUCCGGCUGCACGGGAUCCCGAGGAUCCCGCCUCUGGGGAGGACGAGCGAAUCGCCAUCGGGCGCCAUGCAAGGAGCCUCGCACCGUACAUGGCGGAUCCCGAUCCAAGAGUUCGCAUCGCCGUGGUGGAAGCCGUCACAAGCAUCAAGGCCUUCGACCUCUCCUGCCUGAAGGUUCCCAAGCGGAUGAUCCAGGAGGACGACCUUCACAUCGUCAUCAACUCAUCUGAGAAGCUGAAUGUCGUCCACCUUGCCGCGAUGCAGCCGUACCCCAACGCUUUGUACAUGCUCGCGACGGGCGUCGACUGGGCUCUGGAGCCAAAGGCUCUCAGGGCCUUAGACGGGCUCGGCAGAAAUAUCGCGCACCUGGCAGUUAAGAGCGGCCACCUCGAAUGCCUGGCUAUGAUGGUUGGAGAGCAGAAGCUUCCUCGCUCGAGCCUGAUGCUCAAGGACUCCGAAGGGCGCACGCCGGUCCACUAUGCGGCUCUAAAUGGCGACUCGGGGAGCCUGCGGGCGUUCGUAGAUCUUGCAAGCCUGACGCCGGGGGAGCUGUGCCCAGGGUGGAACUUAAAAAGAUUUCCGUAA